AUGCGUUUCUCCAUCUUCGGUGCUCUUACUGCCCUCGCGGCUCUGGCUACUGCUCACACCGACCCUGACUACAACCAGGGUCCCACUGGCAACCCCAUCUACACUCCCGGUCUGAACGAGGCCGUCCCCGUUGGCAAGCCCUACGCCAUCACCUGGGGCCCUACCACCGAGGGUACCGUCUCUCUGGUCCUUCUCCGCGGCGAGAGCACCAACAUGCAGACUCUCGAGACUAUUGCCGAGCAGAUCCCCAACAACGGCAAGUUCGAAUGGACUCCCAGCACCAGCCUGGAGGCGACGUCACCCACUACGUUCGGCAUCUCCAACCCUGACGGCGCUUCUUCUUCCUCUUCUUCUGCUGCUCCUGAGGUUCCCACCUCGACCGCUGCCAACCCCGGUGCUUCUUCCUCUUCUGCCACCUCGUACGUGACUUACGAGAUCACCACUACUAUCUGCCCCGAGACCGAGACCGCUCCCGCCACUGUCGCUCCUACCGCCUCGUCCAGCGCUCCUGUCAUCCCCCCUCCUGCUCAGUCUCACUCCUGGGGCACUGGCGGUGUUAGCGUCCCUGUCGUCUCUCCCACCAACACCCCCUACCUCCCCACCACCCUGCGCAGCUCCGCUGGUCCCUCCGGCACUGCCUCCAGCACCACCCCUGGUGUUCCUCUGUUCACCAGCGGUGCUGACCGCAACGCCAUCAGCUUCGGUGCCGCCGCUGCUGGUGUUCUUGCUGUCCUCGCUUUCUAA